AUGAUUGCAUCUAAGGUUGAACAGAAUAAUUUGAAGGCGGCUAUAGGAGCGUCCUAUAAUAAGCUUUAUGGGCAGUUUUCAUCUAAUGAGUUGAAGGAGGUUGGGAAUUAUAAGAUACUCAAGCAAGUUGGGGAGGGAUCGUUUGGGAAGGUUUAUUUGGCUAAUCAUAAGCUUACUCACCAGAAGGUUGUGUUGAAGACUGGGGAGAAGAAGGAUCCCAAUGUGGUCAGGGAGGUAUUUUAUCAUCGUCAGUUUGAUUUUCCGUUUAUUACGAAGCUUUAUGAGGUGAUUGUAACGGAAAGUAAGGUUUGGAUGGCGCUUGAAUACUGUCCGGGGAACGAGUUGUAUGAUUAUUUACUUCAGAAGCAGAGGAUACCCCUUGAUGAGACGAGUAAGCUGUUUGCUCAGAUUGUGGGUGCGGUUUUCUAUGCACAUUCGUUGCAAUGUGUUCACCGAGAUUUGAAAUUGGAGAACAUAUUGCUGGAUAAGCAGGGGUAUGCUAUGUUGACAGAUUUUGGAUUCACAAGGGAGUGUGCCACUAAGACUCAAUUGGAGACCAUAUGUGGUACUACUGUUUAUAUGGCGCCAGAGUUGAUCAAACGUGAGAGCUAUGAUGGGUACAAGGUUGACACGUGGUCAUUGGGGAUUAUUCUUUAUACCAUGCUUCAUGGGUUCAUGCCCUUCGAUGAGGAAGAUCCAACGCUGACUGGAUUGAAAAUCAUGAAUGAAAUGCCGCCAAUCGUCGAUGCGUAUACGAAUGUGCAUGCCAAAGAUCUAAUUCUCAAACUCUUACGGAAAACUCCGUCAGAAAGGCCGAGCUUGAACAAAGUUCUAGAACAUCCUUUUUUACAACCUUAUGGGACUAUCUUAUUAGAUACUAUAGACUCUUUAAUAAAGAGGCAAAGACAAGGCGAUGUAAAGUUUCAAUCCAAAACUGAAAAAAGACUACUGAAGAGGUUGAAGCAAACAGGCUUUGAUACAGCUGCAAUUAAGAUUUCAGUUACAAAACGGAGAUGUGAUGCACUAUGUAGCUUGUGGUAUCUCUUGCUUGAAAAGGAAAAGAAGAAGGAGCUUCUUAAGCACCCUAGAAAGAGCAGAUCAGGAAUAUCGGUAAGAAAAGUCUUUGAUUCAGCUUCUGGCAUGCAGAGCCAAGAUGAGUUCAACUAUGAUAAGGCUACUUCAUUGCGCAGGAUACUUAGUAUACGCAGUGAAACGUCUUCAAGACCUCCACUUCAUAUUGAAAUACAUAAAAAAGGUGUCUCGAAACAGAACUCAGGGACACAUGAUCCUUCAACCCUUAGCCAAGAAAGUAUCACAUCAUCUUCAAAGUCUAAAAUAAGCAUUCUUCAGAAGUUUACCAAAUAUUUUAGUAGAAGUAAGAGACAAUGUGCAAAUCAGCAAGUAAAAGAGCAGUCGUUGAAAGAUAAUCAAAAUCAUGUGUUCAAUAACUUUAACUGGCAAGCAAAAUUAGUGUCCAUUAAUAAUAGUAAUCCAGCAUUUGAAUCUCGGAUUCCAGACAAGCGAGAUCUUAAAGCUAAAAGAAUUACAUAUAACAAGACAUCCAAUGGACAUCGGUUACGCGGUGCAUUAACGAUACAAGAACCAAACUUAAAAAAUGUGAAAUCGCGAUCAUCAGGUGAAAUAUCUGGUCAGGUUUCGAGCUUGCCAUCUGAAACGGAAGCUAAUGUUCAUUCGACACCACAUACUACACCUUUAGGAAGGAUCAGGCCAUCUUCGAUGCUCUCGCAGCAUUCCGCGUUGUCAAAUGAUACUUUUAAUUCGGAAUAUUCUACAGAUGCUCAAUCUACAUACAAAUCACCUAAUUCCUUGAGUGCAAAGAUCUCUGGAUUAGGACAGCUUAACGGGGGUAAUACAGGUGAUUCGGGUUCCUUGACUAAAUCUAAAAUAUUUGCGAAAAGGGCGGUUAGCAUCAUGUCAAGUGCUUCAAGUACGUCAGAGAUAAGUUCAAGAGCUGACUCUUUUUAUGAUAUCACCACAGCAUCCUCCCCGGUAAACCUAGAUGUUAGAGUAAAUCCAGGUUUAACUCCGUCUAAUAGGAUAGACUCAGCUUUCCCUGGAGCAGGGUCUGCUUCAAGUUCUGCCGCAUGGCUUUCCAAGAGGGAAAACACUCCGUUGUUUAGACGGCCCAGAGUAAACGUCCGAUCAGUUAAACGUAACAAAAUGAUAAGGGGAAACUCUACCGGGACACAGUCUGUUAUAAAAGAGGAAAGUUCCUUCAGCGAUGGUGAUGAUCAGCGCCCUAUGUUAGUUAACAGCAGCGAGGUUUAUGAAAGGUUAGAUGAAAGUGUUGGGCUUGAUGAUGAGGUAGCUGUACAAACAGAUAGCGUCUCAUCAAAAGCAGAAACGCCUAUAUAUCCCAUUACUUUGAACUCAGGGUCAAAAUCUGCAGACUUUACUAUGGGGAGAUCGUUCAGUGAUGGAAGUGAGUGGUCACAAAAUGGCUCAUUUAUUGGUCUUCAUCAGAAUCCUGCCUCUGGCAAACAGAUAGCAUCGCAAAAUGAUGAACAUGAAGACUUGGGCAUGGCAGACCACGAAGAUAACUCCUGA